AUGGAACCUACAGAGGCUACAGGAAAGCGGCAGGCAGCUGAGGAGGUCGUCCUCCUCGAUCAAUCUCCCAUCUCUCUAGUGCAUGAGCUCAGUAAAGGUGCUUUCAAGCCGAGAUCGGUUGGCGGGUUAACGGCAGAUCGCGUGCUAUAUUCAAUAUGGGAUAUCUUAGCUGCGCUUCUUCCUUUGUCGUUCUUGUUGCUGGCAAUCUUCGCGGGGUACCUUGACCGGAAACCCAUCUCUCCGUUCGGGGAGAAGGUGGAGCGUGCUAUCCAAAUCUCGCCCACUAUCUUUCCUGUCGUGUUCGCGGCCUUGAUGGGCCGGUUCUUCCGAGCGGCAGGCCUUUACAAAGCUGAGCGCGGAAGCACCCUAAGCACUUUGGAACGACUCGUCGGCUGUCAGUCUUUCUUUGCGAGCGUCGAAAGACAGUUUAGCCUUCGCACUCUUGACCUGUUGGGAAUUUGCAUAGUGACUGUAUGGUUGCUGUCACCUCUAGGUGGCCAAGCUGCCUUACGACUCCUAACAAAAUCGCCGCGGGUCCAGUACUCCGAAGCAAGAAUUCAUUAUCUCAACUCGGAAUCUUCGGUCAUGGAAUCUAUCCUCGCUGGCUACGAAAUCAUUCUCGAUCGGCAAGAUUUUGAACAUCUAUACCUCGUGAGCCUUAUUAGUCCAAGCGCACAGCAAGCCUCACCACUGGACGUAUGGGGCAAUAUCAAAGUCCCCAAGCUGCCAAACGUAUUACGGGACCACGAAACCGUAGAUCCCCUUCAGUGGAGACCAGUUGACAGAUCCAGCAAUGCGUCUUAUUCCUCACUCAUUGGCAUUCCGGUCACAGGUCUCAUGAAUACAGCUGAACUGAACUUUACGAUGCUAUCUAUGUACUGGGAGGUGGGCUGUCCUGCUAUCACUCUUUCUUACGCGAACAACUCCGGGGCUAUAUGCAGAUAUCAAGACCUUAGAUCCACUUCUAUGAGGAACUGCUUACCCCUCGCCAUGCGGCUGGAUGAAUCGGCACGCCGGGAUGACGAUGCCGGAAGAAACCAAAGCAACGAGCACUUCUCCCUCUACUCUUGGACCGAGGACACCCCGCCGGAAUUCCAGUCCCAACCAGGAGGGUCAGUUGCAAUAGCCAACUGCACUCUUGGCUACAGGGAAGUCGAGUCGAUGGUAAAGUGCAAGAGUGGGUCUUGUUACGUGGACGCCAUGCGCGAUGUCACCAACACUUCUGACCCGCGUGGCGUCUACAAAUAUGCCGGCACUCCCGGUCCUCUUUCUUGGAUGUUUGGGCAUCUGCCCUCAAUGGGCAGAGCAUGCGGAGAUAGUGACUACUGUGACUUCCGUGUGCAGGGAAGCACCAAGCUAGAAAAAUGGAUGAACGAUACCAGCUUGGUGUUUGGACGACACAACGACGACUUCAUGAGCCUCCACCGGUUGGGCCCUAAAGUCGUCUCCGAGAAACUCACUACUGCCCUCAACACCCUCUGGCAAGCCACCUACGCGACCCUGUACCUUGGCGGCGGGCUGCCAUCGGCACAGUCGGAACUUGAUAGCCUGGCUGCCCUGAAAUAUCCGCUCAACGUAUCGACUAUUCUUCCUGCGGCUGCGUAUGUUACUGAGGUGGACGGAGACGUCUAUGUUACACAAUGGGGGUGGAUCGUGCUACUUCUCGUGGCUUCUAGUGUUUUGCAAAUUGCCGCUACAACCGCUCUUGUCUUAAGACACCUCACACUGUCUCCAGACCUACUGGGCUACGUAUCUUCGCAGACGCGCGACAAUCUUUACAUCCCGUUGGUUCCGGGCGGGUCUAGUAUGGAUGGACUUGAACGGACUAGGAUCCUGAGACAUCUUCCUGUGAGGAUCGGAGACGUAAGGGGUCAAGAGGAUGUUGGACAUAUUGCUCUCGCAGCGAUAAGCAGUGAUGGUCCGGAAAGGGUGAAGAAGGAGAGACUGUAUGACUAG